UGGUGCACCUCUUAACUACCCAUUAUGGCCUGGGGACUGCACAGUGCUGCUAGCUUGGCACACUUCUGCCAGAAGCUGAAUCGACUGAAGCCUCUGGAGGAUUCCAGCAUGGAGACGUCUCUGCAGCGCUGCCUGUCCACCUUGGACCUGACCCUGCUGGGUGUGGGUGGCAUGGUAGGCUCAGGCCUCUAUGUACUCACGGGUACCGUGGCAAAGAAUAUGGCUGGUCCUGCUGUACUCUUGUCCUUUGGUGUGGCAGCUGUGGCCUCCCUGCUGGCAGCCCUAUGCUAUGCAGAAUUUGGAGCACGUGUGCCCCGCACAGGUUCUGCAUACCUAUUCACCUAUGUGUCCAUGGGCGAGGUGUGGGCCUUCCUCAUAGGCUGGAAUGUGCUCCUAGAAUACCUUAUUGGGGGUGCUGCUGUGGCCCGUGCCUGGAGUGGCUAUCUGGAUGCCAUCUUUAGCCAUGGCAUUCGCAACUUCACUGAGUCUCAAGUGGGUGUCUGGCAGGUGCCCUUCCUGGCCCGCUACCCAGAUUUCCUGGCUGCUGGCAUCCUACUUCUAGCUUCUGCUUUUGUCUCCUGUGGAGUCCGUGUCUCCUCCUGGCUCAAUCAUACCUUCUCAGCCAUCAGCCUGAUGGUAAUUAUCUUCAUCAUCAUCCUGGGCUUCAUCCUUGCACGCCCCCACAACUGGAGUGCUGAGGAGGGUGGCUUUGCACCCUUUGGCUUCUCUGGUAUCAUGGCAGGAACUGCUACCUGUUUCUAUGCUUUUGUGGGCUUUGAUGUCAUUGCUGCCUCCAGUGAGGAAGCCCAGAACCCACGGCGGGCUGUGCCCAUGGCCAUUGCCAUCUCCCUUGGCCUGGCAGCUGGUGCCUAUAUCCUCGUCUCCACCGUACUAACCCUCAUGGUGCCCUGGCACAGUCUGGACCCUGACUCAGCACUUGCUGAUGCCUUCUAUCGGCGGGGCUACAGCUGGGCUGGCUUCAUCGUGGCAGCUGGCUCCAUCUGCGCCAUGAACACCGUUCUACUCAGCAACCUCUUCUCCCUGCCGCGUAUCGUCUAUGCCAUGGCUGCAGAUGGGCUCUUCUUCCAGGUGUUUGCCCGCGUGCACCCCCGGACACAGGUGCCCGUGGUGGGCAUCUUGGUGUUUGGUGUCCUUAUGGCUCUCCUGGCACUGCUGCUGGACCUUGAGGCGCUGGUCCAGUUCCUAUCCAUUGGUACUCUAUUGGCCUACACCUUUGUGGCCACCAGCAUCAUUAUUCUACGUUUUCAGAAGGUUUCUAAACACAGCUCCCCAGGCCCAGCCAGCCCUGGCCCUGCAGCCAAGAAGUAUGAUUCCUUCUCAGACCACAUACAGCUAGUAGGUGCUGUGCAAACCUCAAUUUCUGAGCCUGGGCAGCUGCGACCAGCCCUGAGGCCCUACCUGGGAUUCCUUGAUGGAUGCAACCCUGGAGCUGCUGUGACUUGGGCACUUAGCAUCCUGGUGAUCUCAGCCAUCGCCCUGGGCUGUGUGCUAGUCUUCGGAGACUCGGCCUUGCACCUCCCACGGUGGGGCUACAUCUUGCUGCUCCUGAUCAGCAGUGUUGUGUUUCUGCUUUGCCUUCUGGUCCUGGGGGCUCACCAGCAACAGCAACAGCAAGACACUUUCCAGAUCCCCUUGGUGCCUUUGACUCCAGCCCUGAGCAUUCUCCUCAAUAUCUGCCUCAUGUUGAAGCUGAGCUACCUGACCUGGCUGCGCUUCUCCAUCUGGCUGCUGAUUGGACUCGCUGUGUAUUUCGGCUAUGGCAUUUGGCACAGCAAAGCGAACCAGCAGGAGCCACCAGAGCUGACCACCACACGAUAUGUGGUAUUCUCCAGCAGCAGCCUAGAAGAGACAGUGCAGCCCACCAGCCAGCCACCAGCUGAGGAGCCUGGCUGCAUGGAGUAGCCGACCCAGUCUGUGAGGCCAACUCAUGAUUGUUUUACUCUCUCCAUCUCAAGAGGCCAGAGGAGCUGGGAGCUGCUUCUGUUCAGGGCAGCUUGGGUUUGUAGGCUCUGGUGGUUCUCAGGACUUUAGGACCCUAAUCCAGAUACUAAAUUUCUUUGGUCUUCAGAUAAUGGGUCUUGGCCAGUGUUGGUGCAGUGAACUCCUUGCUCAGCACCUUCCUGUUUCUGAUCAAUUCCAGCUAUUUGGGUGGGUGGGUAGGGUGGGCAGGGAAGAGGUCGCAGCCCCAGGAAUUCAUAAUAAUAACUGUUCAGCCAGCCAUAUGGUCAGCCACUAAGUCCACUGUGGAAUUCUCUGUGAUACUGAGUCCUCACCUACCUUUGGGAAUCAGGCAAUUGUUCCAAAUCCAUAAUAAAGACUGAAACUUCUACAAAGGUUACCUUGGGACCACCUUGAAUCAGGGACACAGCCAGGCCUGGGUUCAGGGAUUCUCCCUCAGGCCAGUACUCCCUACUUGACUUAGAGGGAAGCAACAUAUACCAGACAUAUAGGGGUCAAACGGGCAAGGAUAUUCCCCACGUAUCCUCUGGCAGAUAGAUCAAGGAGCAGAGCCUGGGCCUCAAAGAGGUUGCCUAGAAAAGGCAGUGGGGUUCCAGAGUUCUCUUGGUUUUUCAGGGAUCCCAGAGAGCACAGCAUAUUCCUGAGGUCUACCUAGGAACAUCAAAGCACUCCUGCACACAGGCAUAUACCCUCUUGGCACAAACAUCCCUAAGACAUAUGGCUCACAUGGAUAUCCUGCAUGCCCAUGUGCAGACUGAAAUGACAGCUGUUUCCAAGCUCAGGCCCAGCCCACAGCUCACAUUUGUCUCUAUCUGCCCACUCUGCCAGGGCUUUGAAAUGAAGGCUGGAGAUGUUGCACUUAUGACUAGUUCACACGGAUGUUCAUGGGUAUACGAGAACCUGGACCUGCCUUCACUACCUUCCAGCCCACUUGGUAGAAAUGGGAGCCCUAGCCUGGGGAGGAGGGAGUUCCCAGAAAGGCCAUAGGCCCACAUUAUACCCUCCCAC